AUGAACUGUGUUUUUGCUGGCGAUAUUGACGCGGAGGCCCGGCGAGCCUACCAGCAAAAUUUUCACAUCGUUCCCGCCGGAGAUAUUACCGAGAUUGAUCCGGGCUCGGUGCCUGACCACGAGAUCCUCUUGGCCGGUUUCCCUUGUCAACCGCCCAGCAUCAUAGGCGAUAUGCGGGGCUUCGACGAUUCUCGCGGCAAUUUGAUCUUUGAUGUGGCCGCCAUUAUUGACGCCAAGCGACCGUCGGCGUUCGUCCUGGAAAACGUGCGGCAGCUGUUGACUCAUAAUAUCGGACGGACGAUAGAAGCGAUUAUCUCCGCACUGAACGGGCUUGGUUACCGUGCUGAUUGGAGCGUGCUGAACGCUCUGGACUUUGGCUUGCCGCAGAAACGUGAACGAACAAUCAUCGUGGGGUUUGAAGACCACUCCAUCCCCUAUGAGUGGCCGGACCCUAACGGCGAAUAG